AAAUAUUGACCUCACCCCUCAUUUUUGGUGAAUUUGAACCCCUUUAUUUCCAUUUCCAAAUCCUAUAAAGCACUCAAUUUGAUUCCUUGACCUCUAGGAAGCCUUGACCCCAGACUUCUCCCACCUCCCUCCCCAUUUUGCAACCUCCAUUCUGAUUUGUUUACAUACCCUUUGAAGCACCCACUGUUUACGUCUUCCCCUAAAUCCUUUUGUUUUCUUUUCUGGUGCUUCUCCUGCCCCCCAAUAUUUGCCACUCUCCUGGUUUAAGGCCAGAACCCUUCCCAAAAGCGGGGUCCCUUGAGGGGGAGGGAGACCCCCCGCUGUGCUUUCCUGAGGGGAGUCAGAGAAAAGGGAAACAGGUUGUUGCUGUUUUGGGUCUCGACCAUGGCCUCCCAGCUGGAGAAGCUAGCCAACGUGGUCCUGCGGGUGCCCAGCAUCGUCCUGCUGGACCUGCUCUACCGCUGGGACGUCCAGGCCUUUUCUGAGGGGCUGCGGCCCAACGCCCAUCAGCUUUACCUACAGAGGCAUCACCUGUGGAAUAUCUACUACGCAGGCCACGUGAUUUGUGUGGUGGUCCUGCUGCUUCCCGUCCGUUCCCUGGUGAAGAUGUACCUCUACCUCCUGACCGUCCUCCUGCUUUACGUGGGUCACCAGACUGCCUGGGACUACAUCCGUCACGAGAUGGAGCACGAAUUCUACGGCGCAGUCUACCAGGAUCCAGUCGCACUGGGACGUUUUGCGACUGCACUCACAAGCCAGGUCAUCGUGGCCACUCUCUGCGCCUUCCUGCUGAGGACCAAGCAGGUCUGGCUCUUUGCUGCCCCCAUGCUCCCUCUGACCGCCCGCCUCUGCUGCCUCCCGCUACAAUUCCUGCCCACCGUCAACACCUUUGCGGCCAUUCUGACGGCCACCGAGGUUCUCUACGUUCUCGCGUCCGGCUUGUCGGUGCCGUUCCAGUUGGUGGCUGCUGCCUGCAGGGAAAUCACUCAGGCGCUGGAAGUAUACAAUCUGGUCACGCUGGGCAUGUCGCUCUGGAAGCAGCUGGCCGUCCCGCUUUUGUUCCUGGUCUUCUGGCUGGCCUUGUUCACCCUGCAGAUCUACGCCUUGGCCUCCUCUUCUUCUGGCAGCCUUCUGUCUCACCAGGGGCUGAUCUUCGUCCUCCUCAGCAGCGUGGCCGAGUGCUGCAGCACCCCCUACUCGCUCGUCGGGCUGACCUUCACCAUCUCCUACCUGGCCCUGGGUCUCCUCAAGCUCUGCAAGUUCUACUUGGCCGGAUACGGCGCCUUUCAGAACGGCAAUGUGAUGCACAGAGGUGUGACCGAGGGAGUGACGCUGCUGCUGCUGGCCCUCCAGACCGGCCUCCUGGACCUGCAGCUCCUCCAGAGGACCUUCCUGCUCAGCAUCAUCCUCUUCAUCGUGGUGACAUCCACCUUGCAGUCCAUGAUUGAAAUCGCAGACCCCGUCCUGCUGGGGCUGGGGGCUUCCCGGAACAGGAGCCUCUGGAAGCACUUCCGCGGAGUCAGCAUGUGCCUCUUCUUACUGGUCUUCCCUGGCUUCAUGGCCUACAAGAUCGCCCACUUCUUCCACAUGGACUUCUGGCUCCUGAUCCUCAUCUCCAGCUGCAUGCUGACCUCCCUGCAGGUGAUGGGGACCCUCUUCAUCUACGGCCUCUUUAUUGUGGAGCUCUUCCAAGACACGCCAAUGGAGAGGAUGGACGAGAUCAUCUACUAUGUCAACGCUGUCAGCCGGGUCCUGGAGUUCCUGGUGGCCCUCUGCGUGGUGGCCUACGGCUCCUGGGAGUCCAUCUUUGGGGAGUGGAGCUGGAUGGGGGCCUCGGUCAUCAUCAUCCACUGCUACUUCAACGUCUGGCUGAGGGCCCAGUCGGGGUGGAGGAGCUUCCUUCUUCGCCGGGAGGCUGCCAAGAAGAUUGGUUUGUUGCCAGUGGCCACCCAAGAGCAGCUGCGGCACCACGACGACGUCUGCGCCAUUUGCUUCCAGGAGAUGACCCUGGCUGUGGUCAUGCAGUGCGGCCACUUCUUCCACGGGCCCUGCUUGCGCAAGUGGUUCUACGUCCAGGACACCUGCCCACUCUGCCACCAGCCGGUCCAGCCCUUGGCCAACCCCGCAAGCUCAGGUAGCCCCCGGGUUGCAGACCCUGGUCCAGCGAUGGGGGGAAAUCCCGUCCCAGAGGAGGAAGACCCGGUUGCUCAGAGCAGCACAGAAGACUCUGAUGAUAGCAGGACUUCAGAAGCUGGGGAGACCCCCAGAGAAGGCCCAGGAGACCCCAACUGGGCCUUCCCAGAAGGGGGAGACCUGCAACAGUGCGGCCACAGCAUAGGAGGAGAAUGGGAAGAGAAUCCCCUUCUAGAUCCUUCUCCCUUGGAGGAAGCACAAACAUCUGUCUCAGCUGCAGAAAGCAGCCAUGUCUCUGUUCAGUGGGAACUGCCUUUGGGGGGGAACUCAUUCAGCAGCUCAGAAGAGCCCCCAUAUCUGUCCCAGGAGGACCUUCCUGACAGAGAUAUUCUCCCAAAACAGUCUGCCCAAAGAGAGAUCAGUUCUGGAGUCCCUUCGUCACUCCUGUCUGAAGAACAUCUUGAAGAUCUUGAGAGACCCACCUCAAAUUUGGUUCCUGAGGACCCUCCAUUGGUACCGGAGGGUUGCGUUGACAUUUUGGGUGAGAGCCAGGAACCCAAGUGCUAGCAGAGACCUUAAGACACUAGGAUUGUGUGUCCUGGUACCUCCCCCUCCCCACUUUUGCCUUCCUCCUGACCCUCAGACUCAAUUGAACCUGCUGCUCUUUCUGCUUCUAGGGAAGUAGCCAGUUAAGGCAACAAUAAUGUCCUUUCUGUCCAUCUCCAUCUGAGAUAAAAAGCAAUGAAGAGCCCCUUUCUUGAGUAUGGAAAGCCCGUCAUCCUUUCAGAGUUGCGGGUCGUUGUUUUUUAGGACGCCACUCCUUCAGUUGGAGCCGCAAGGUUUGUUUCUCAGAACUCUUUCUGCCGCCUUUCAACGGUUGCGCUGGCCGCAACAUGAGCACCCAGUUUUCAAGAAGCAUGAGUUUCUUUCGAAAUGGUGGCAGGACAUUGGGGCGACGUCCUGGAUUUUUGGGCACAUCCAAAUCCGGGAAUUGGACCAUCUCCAGAUGCUGCUGCGCUGCAAGUCCCAAUAUCCUGUGGCGAAGAAUACUGGGAGUUGCAGUUCAGCAACACCCGGAGAGCUGCGUGGUUCUCUCCCGAUGUACAAAACAUUUGGAGGUUGUGCUUCCUGUCCAAAUGAGGAAAUUGUGUUGGAUUUUCCCAAUGACAGCCUGAAGCAUUACGUACGCUGCAGAAUCCAUGGAGCAUUGGGGAUGGUUAAUUUAAUUUUGUUUUGUUUUUUCUCAAGGCGGUUGCUUCAAAAGAUGGCGUGAUCAGCUAAAUUCCUUGUGAGCCAAAUAAAAGAGGUGAAUAAAUUA